AUGACAGCUAAAGCAGUACCUGGUGCUACGCUUAGACUUCGACGUAGAUUAGCGCUUGUGAUUGGCAUUGGUGAUUAUGAAAAUGUCUCAAAAUUAAAAAGUUCGCAAAAUGAUGCGAAGGAAUUGUCAUUUCUCUUACAACGUAUUGGCUUUAUUAUUGAUCAACCACAGUUGGAUAAAAAACUUGCUCAGAUGAAACAAAUUCUUGUUGAUUUUGAAAAUUCAAUACAAUCUAAUGAUGUUGUUCUAUUUUAUUUUGCUGGGCAUGGUAUGCAAUGGGAAGAUCAAAAUUAUUUGAUGCUGAAAGACUUUUCUGACGUGAAUACAGCAGAUUCAAAAGCGGCAGCUGAGUUUUUAAAAAUGAAUGCCAUCAAUGCGCAUGAUAUUCUAAACGCUUUAAGUGCUCGAAAACCAUAUGCAAUAAUUUUUCUCUUGGAUUGCUGUAAAAAUUAUUCAUUAAAGAAUCUUAAUUUGGAUAAACGUGCCUUAAAUGGUAGCGAUUCUAAAUUAGUUGGUCUGACAGGAAUGCAUAAAACAGGCUCAUUGAUUGCAUUUGCUUGUGCACCUGGUAAAUUAGCAGAUGAUAGUCCUGAAGAGCAAAAUAGUUUAUUUAUGAAGCAUCUUCUGAAACACAUUGCAACUCCGAAUGAAAAUAUCGUAGAAAUAUUACGUGACGUGGUCCAUGAAGUGAUGAAGGAUUCGAAUUCCAAACAGAUUCCAUUUAUGAGUGUUCAACUAAGUCACAAAAAUAUAUACAUGUGUGAACAAGCUCCAGUGGUUUCCAUUAUUCCAAUAAAUGCCCAAUGGUCACAGAAUGGGGUAACUGUUGCUGGAGGUCACGGACGUGGCGAUGACACCAAUCAGCUCAAUCGUCCUUGGGGUCUCUUCGUUGACGACGAUGGAACGAUGUUUAUCACAGACUGGUAUAAUGAGCGUAUCAUCCAAUGGAAAAUGGGUGAUAAGAAUGGACAAGUGGUAGCUGGUGGUCAUAGUCAAGACAAUUGGAAUCAUCGUGUAAUGAAAUGGAAUAAAGGAGCAAAAGAAGGGAUUGUCGUCGCUGGAGGUCAAGGCGAAGGAAAUGCUCUGACACAAUUAUCGUAUCCUAAAGGAUUGUUCGUUGAUACAUGGGGUACUAUCUAUGUGGUAGAUGCGGGAAACGAUCGAGUGAUGCGCUGGCCUAAAGGAGCGAAAGAGGGCACUGUCCUUGUUGGUGGAAAUGGCAAAGGACAAGAAGCAAAUCAGUUGUCAGCUCCUAUGGGUUUGUCCUUGGAUCGACAUGGCAAUCUCUAUGUCGUUGAUCAACAAAAUCAUAGAGUUCAACAGUUUUCUAUUAAACAGACUCAUUGUGAUGCUUAA